CGAAUACUCUUGUGACAGGAGGCGCUUGCAAAACCCGCCUCCAGCCCCUAGCAGCAAUAAAUAGAAGGCUCCAGCCCAGGAGAAGCCAGAAGUUUCUAGGCCUGCCUCCCAGGGUUUAUUAAGCUCCUGGCUCCUCUCUAAACCACAGCGGACUCUGGCUGUGAGCCUGGUGCCUGGGAGGACAGGGCUGAGGCCAUCUGAUCUCUGGUGAAGCAGUGCAGAGGGGCCCUCUGGGAUUCUGCUGGACCAGCCGGGGUCGCCUUCAGGGGCUGGAGUGUCUUUGGAAGCUGGGCCCCCAGCCUGCUGUGGCCUCUGUCCUCCGAGGUGGAUAGUUCAGCAUUUCUGGGGCUGAAGACGCGUGGAAGGCCAGCCCGACCCCCUCACCUUGCUGUGUGACCUUGGGCAGGUGGCCCCUCUCUCUGAGCCCUGCCAGCUCAGCAGCCACCAUGGCUGACGGUCAGAUGCCCUUCCCCUGCCACUACCCCAGCCGGCUGCGCAGAGACCCCUUCCGAGACUCGCCCCUCUCCUCCCGCCUGCUGGACGAUGGCUUUGGCAUGGACCCUUUUCCCGACGACCUGACUGCCUCCUGGCCUGACUGGGCCCUGCCUCGACUCUCCUCGGCCUGGCCAGGAACCCUGAGGUCCGGCAUGGUGCCCCGGGGGCCCACUGCCUCAGCCAGGUUUGGGGUACCUGCCGAAGGCAGGAGCCCCCCACCUUUCCCUGGGGAGCCCUGGAAAGUAUGUGUCAACGUGCACAGCUUCAAACCAGAGGAGCUGAUGGUGAAGACCAAGGAUGGAUACGUGGAGGUGUCUGGCAAGCACGAAGAGAAGCAGCAUGAAGGAGGAAUCGUUUCCAAGAACUUCACAAAGAAAAUCCAGCUUCCUGCAGAGGUGGACCCUGUGACAGUAUUUGCCUCGCUUUCCCCAGAGGGUCUGCUGAUCAUCGAAGCUCCCCAGAUCCCCCCUUACUCAUCCUAUGGAGAGAGCAACUUCAACAACGAGCUUCCCCAGGACAACCAGGAAGUCACCUGCACCUGAGACCCCUGUCUUGGCCCAUCCUUGUUCCCUCCCCAACCCCAGGGCUUCUCUGAUUCCAGGAUACAUUACUUUAGCUGAGCGCAUAGAUUUAGUGUGAUUACAGUGUUGGGGGUGGGAGUGGAUUGACCACAGAUCCCUGGAUAACAGAGUAGGUUUCUCCACAGGAGGGCGCAAUUGGCCAGUCGUGCUCAGUUGCGUUAGCCAAGAUGCUGGGAGUUUUUCUUUCCUUACCUUUCCUAUCACGAGCAUGUUGCACACAGAUGCACACAGAUGCAAGGGGACACCACAGUUCACAUUGCAUCUAACCUUGCAGCUAAUGCAAAGGUCGCUUUCCUCUGGGGACCUCCCCCUCGCCCCCCCUCCCCCUCCCUAGAUUCCUCUUCUGGGCUCCGAAUUUCCAUGCCUGCCCCAUGGUUUGGUCGAUGGCGCCAUGAGCUCACACUGUUGUGUUUCUGCAGCCAGACCUACGAAGAGUUAUUCACUGGUCUUACAUCCCUUGUGGUGUUUCCCCGACAAUCACACGAAAACAAGCAGCACCUUCUGCCCCCCCCACCCCCUCCCGCCCAGGUACCUAGUGCCAGCUCCCCAGCAACGCUCCCCAAGGACUCUGAAGCCCCUCCGUUUAUUCUCUGACUAAAAUGCCCCCUUUCUGUGUCUCCGAUGUCCGAGUCAGGAUUUUUACAGAGGGGGCUGUCUCUGGACAGCUCCACCGGGAACCAAGUGACAGCCAGACGAACUGGCAGGCAGGGUAUGGUUUUGUGUUUUGGGUGGGACGUGUGUCAUUAUUAUUUGACUUGUGCUGUUAUUUAGGGGGGAAUGACAGUAAAUGAUAUUAAUAAAGGAGCUGAUGUUCUUA